GUAGCCUUCUUGGGGAUACAUUCGUUUAUUCAAGUCCCCCCACACAACUCCAAUACCAUCCAGUCUAAGAAAUACUGGUGACGUUGGAGCCUGUGGGCUCUUCUUCCAUGGGAAAGGGGGGGGGGGGUUGCAUGCUCAUGCUGGUGUGGGAAUUAGGGAUGGAUGGCCAGAGCGGCCUCUACUACUACAUAAUCAUCUUCAUUCCCGGACUGAGUCAGGUGCAAUUUUAACAGUCCCUUUCUGAAUCCACCCCACCUCUUGAUGUGCCCUAGCCUCAGUUUCUCCACUCGUCUGGCAGAGACCUGCCUCAAAAUGCAGCCCACGGCCACCAUGGCCACAGCGGCCGCCACUACUGCCACGGUUGCCCUGACGACUUCGUGGGACAAUGCCACCAACCGCCCCACGGCGGAGCCUGACCCCAUCUUGGACAACUAUGUGCUGCUGGUGGUGGUGAUGUCGCUGUUCGUUGGAGGCACGCUGGUGGUGCUGUCUGGCGUUCUUCUGCUCUGCAAACGCUGCUGGGAGGUGCACCAGCGCUUCAACAGGGCCAUGGAAGAAACAGAAAAGACCACCACUACCUACCUGGACAACGGCACCCACCCCAUACAAGACUGGGCGCAGUUCGAGUCCGACUCAUCUCUGUUUCCUUAACGCCCAGGCGUAGACCCCGACUGCAGGGGGGAAGACCCCGAGGGCCAGGACACCGAAACAGAGCGCUUCCUAGCCACCACCUCCACCGGUCGCCGCGUGUCCUUCAACGAGGCUGCCCUGUUUGAACAGAGCCGCAAGGCUCAGGACAAGGGCCGCCGGUACACCCUGACAGAAGGGGAUUUCCAUCACCUCAAGAAUGCCCGCCUCACCCACCUCCACCUACCGCCUCUCAAAAUCGCUACCAUCCAUGAGUGUGACUCGGGUGAGGCCAGUGCUGCGGCCACGCCCCACCCCCACCCGGCUUCCACCCCCAAGGACAGCUUGGCUAUAUUCCAGCCCCCUGGGAAGUCCCUCACUGGCCACUCGGUGGGCCCCAGCUCUGCCCUCCCAGGUGAUCCCUACAGCUCCGUGGACUUCUCGGAGAUCAGCCCCUCGGCCUCCAGUGACUCUGGGGAGGGCACCUCGUUAGAUGCGGGUACCCGGGGUACCAAGGCUGCUGGGCCCGAGACAGCACCUGGGGAGAUGGGCACAGGCUCCUCCGGGGCUGGCACUGUUUUGCAAUUCUUCACUCGGCUACGCCGCCAUGCCAGCCUGGAUGGAGCCAGCCCCUACUUCAAGGUCAAGAAAUGGAAGUUGGAGUCCAGCCAGAGAGCGUCCAGUCUGGACACGAGAGGUUCCCCGAAGCGGCACCACUUUCAGCGACAGCGGGCAGCCAGCGAGAGCAUGGAGCAGGAGGGGGAUAUCCCCCAUGCUGACUUCAUUCAAUACAUUGCCAGCGCAGGCGACUCGGUGGCCUUCCCACCCCCCCGCCCCUUUCUGGCCAGCCCCACCAGCCCGCCCCCCACUCUCGGCAGGCUAGAGGCAGCUGAGGCGGCGGGAGGAGGAAGCCCCGAGACUCCUCCGGAGCAUGGCAUCAGUUUGGGGCCCGAGCAUGCGCAGCAGCAGGACCCGCAGCAAGAGCAGGACGCCGAGCAUGCACAGUGCAGCUACCGUGAUCUGUGGAGCCUUCGUGCUUCGCUCGAGCUCCACGCAGCCACUGCAUCAGACCACAGCAGUAGCGGCAAUGACCGUGACUCAGUGCGCAGCGGCGAUAGCUCGGGCUCCGGUUCCGGGGGUGGAGGCGCAGCACCCGCCUUCCCGCCCCCUCCUGAGUCUCCGCCUGCCUUGCGGCCUAAGGACGGCGAAGCCCGACGCCUGUUACAGAUGGACAGUGGCUACGCGAGCAUCGAGGGACGUGGAGCUGGCGAUGAAGUUUCUGAACUUCCUGCUCCAGCUCGGAGCCCUCCCCGCAGCCCGCGAGCCUGGCCACGCAGGCCGCGCCGCGAUUAUAGCAUCGAUGAGAAGACGGACGCUCUUUUCCAUGAAUUCCUGCGCCACGAUCCUCAUUUUGAUGAUGCUCCAAGACACCGCGCACGUGCGCAUCCUCACACUCAUGCGCGGAAGCAAUGGCAACAGAGAGGCCGGCAGCACAGCGACCCCGGAGGUGCACGCGUGGCCACGCCCCCUGGGGCUACCCGCCCCACACGUGCCCCCUUACGCCGUGGGGAUAGUGUUGAUUGUCCUCCUGAAGGCCGUGCGCCGCCCAUCACCGGUGAUGACCCAUCCAUUCCCGUCAUUGAGGAGGAGCCUGGUGGUGGAGGCAGUGGUUGCCCAGGCUCUGGGUUAUGUGUUGAGCCCGCCGGGGCACUGCUGGACAAACUAGCAGCUAGCCUCGACGAGAGACUCUUCUCUCCCCGUCUUGCUGAGCCAGUUGCCUCAUCCCCGGUGCUGAUUGUCGCUGCUGCCGCCCCUACAUCCCCUGACCACAGCCCAGCCUAAGCUCUGUGUACUGGACCUGCCUCUCGGCUGCUUUGCCGGCGGCACGUGGGGCCGCUGUGGGAAUGGUGGCGACAGCGGGAGCAACCUGAGGUUGCUGUGCAUGGGUACGCGGCCCAAAUCCCAAGUGUGUACAAGGAGUGUCCCCUCGGGCACUUAGCAGGGUGCAGUGGGCCUCCGGAUGCACAAGGCCUCCGGACCCAGGCUCAGCUGCAGGGAGGAUGAAGAUCUUGGAUUCUCAAGUCCAUAUACGGUUGACCCCCGGCACCCAGCCUCUGGCCACAGAUGCGGGUGGAGCAGGUUCUGAGGUGCGCGUGCAGCCUCCCUCCAGGAUCAGCCGAACCUCCACACUCGUGAGCACGUGCUGGCAGUGCCACUGCAUGCGUGAACCUACUGGAGGGGAAGUGACUGCGGGGCACUGAGGAUCAGAGAGGAACACGCGCCCCAGAUCCUUAAUCCUUUCCCCUGUCCAUGGUAUGCACUUUGUAGCAACUGUACCUUUCCUCUCUGAGCAAUAACCGACUGCGCCUGCUCGCUCUCUGCAUGUGCACAGGCUCCAGCCUGUCCCAUCCCUCCCCACGAGCUUUGGGCUUUAAACACAGAGACAGAACAGCCCGGUGGCAGCUUCAAGUUUCCCAAGCUUUAUUUAUUGCCAAAAGAUUGGGCAGCCUCGCCAUGAGUGCCUGCCCACUCCCUGCCCUGCGCCCUGUGGUUGGUCGUGUUGUCUGGUUGAUCAUAAAUGUCUCUGCAUA